AUUUUUACUGUCUGCAUCACAAAUCAAUCGUAUUGUUAUUUCAUAAAAUCUUGUUUUUUUUCCCGUUCUCUAAUUCCUCAAUCUUCGUUCGUUCGUCAUCCCAAGAAAACACAGCGAAGAGGGUGAACCCCUGUAAUUCUUGAUUGCCAAACGUUGAUGAUGGUGCCAAAUUUUAGCGGGUGUUAAAGAAUUAGGGUUCGCAGAUUGAUAAUGUAGCUUUUAUUGCAAUUACGAUUAGGGUUUGUUCGUUUUAUUGUUUAUGUAAUUCGGAAUCUUCAUUUUUUGGUGCAUGGGAUGAUAAUCGGCUAUUGAUUUGGCGAAUUUUGUGGAAAUUGUUAAGUUGGGUAACUUUUCUUGGACCCUAAUUAAGGUCUGGUUACGUAUAUAUAGAUCUGAGUGGGGAUUGAAAGUUAAUUUGAAGAAACAAUUAUGGAUCAUAUUGUUGGUGGAAAGUUUAAGCUUGGUAGGAAAAUUGGCAGUGGAUCCUUUGGUGAACUUUUUUUAGGUGUUAAUAUUCAAACCGGCGAAGAAGUAGCUGUUAAACUGGAAUCUGUCAAGACAAGGCAUCCACAACUUCAUUAUGAAUCAAAAAUAUAUAGGCUUCUCCAAGGAGGAACGGGAGUACCAAACCUGAAAUGGUUUGGUGUUGAGGGCGAAUACAACAUCAUGGUUAUUGACCUUCUUGGACCAAGUCUUGAAGACCUUUUCAACUAUUGUAAUAGAAAAUUUUCCUUGAAAACUGUCCUAAUGCUUGCAGAUCAACUAUUAAAUAGAGUUGAAUACAUGCAUGCAAGAGGUUUCCUUCAUCGUGACCUAAAGCCUGACAAUUUUCUUAUGGGCCUUGGUCGUAAAGCCAAUCAGGUGUACGCGAUUGAUUUUGGACUCGCGAAAAAAUAUAGGGAUCUUCAAACUCAUAAACACAUACCGUACAGGGAAAACAAGAAUCUCACGGGUACAGCUCGCUAUGCAAGUGUCAACACACACCUUGGAGUUGAACAAAGUAGGCGGGAUGAUUUGGAAUCUCUUGGUUACGUUCUUAUGUAUUUUAUAAGAGGAAGCCUUCCAUGGCAAGGACUGAAAGCGGGAAACAAGAAGCAGAAAUAUGACAAGAUUAGUGAAAAGAAAAUGUUGACUCCAAUUGAGGUACUAUGCAAAUCAUAUCCAUCGGAGUUUAUAUCAUACUUUCACUAUUGUCGAUCAUUGAGAUUCGAGGAUAAACCAGACUAUUCAUACCUCAAGAGGCUUUUCAGAGACUUAUUUAUUCGUGAAGGCUAUCAGUUUGACUAUGUCUUUGAUUGGACAGUAUUGAAGUAUCCUCAAAUCAGUGCCAGCUCCAGAGCACGGCUUCCGGGUGACACGGGGUUAAAUGCUGGAACAUCAAUGGAAAAGCAGGGAAGAACGUCGGCCGGUCAAGAUUCCCGUGCACUAGAAGCAUUCCCAAGAAGAAAUAUAGCAACCGGCGGCCGCUACGACUUUUCAAGACACCGGACUCCCGAUGAUAUGACUUCCUCAAAGGAUGUGCAACCUGAUUCAGACAAAUUGCGGUCAUCUCGAAACGGGAGCUCGUCAAAAUUUGCUGCAGCCUCAGGCACAAGACCAAGUUCAUCGGGCGAACAAACACCAACUGAAGGGCAAUCAUCAAGCCGUAUCAUGUCAAGUGUUGGGGGACGCACGUCUACUACUCAAAGAGCAUCAUUUGGUUUAGGUUAUGAUGCCAAGUCAUCGGGCUUUUCUCGUCCAGCUAAAGGUGGUCGUGAAGAUCCGCUCAGGAGCUUUGAGUUCCUUCAAAUCAGGAAGUGAAAGGUAAAAGAUUACCGUUAUUGUAAAAAAAAAAAACAGGAGGAUUUCUGUUUUUCGGUUUUCUACUUUUGUAUUUUUAGGAGAUUUGAUUUGGAUGGGUCUGUGUAUUUGUAAUGGUUAUAAACACUAAGGUUAUACUUGAAUGCUAUGGUGUCGGUGGUUAUUUCUUCCAUUAUUUUGCUUGUUGUGAUU